CGGUUUGUUUACCCUCGCCACCGGAAAUAGACCAUAAUGACGAGCAUGAAAAGUGAAGGGUUCGUCCGGGAUAAGGAUGUAACAACUCUGAAGUGAAACUUUAUACAUAUGUGGCUAUAAUACAGAUGUAAUAAAUCAAGAAGUAAACAAAAUGGCAACCGGAGGUCAACCACAGACGCCAGACAACCGUAUAUUUUUGUUUCGGUUACAAAUACUAGUCAUUGAUGGUGGCCUCCUGGUAUUGAGAAAUAUACUGGACCAGUCCCUGACAUCUCAAUGCAUAACGUUCAGUGCGUGCUUGAAUCAAGAAAAGUCAACAAUAACACGUUUGAAAAGCCGCGGCGUUAUAACCCAGGUCCAAUAUGACGUGUUGUUUCCAGCGGGAGGUAAAGUCCCAACUUCGUCAGAUUUAGACAUCACGCUUAUUAUUUGUCUUCUUAGAAAUCUGAAAUGUUUUGGAUUAAAUAAAAAGUUUGACUGGAGGACAGCACCAGCACAAACCGAUGUAUCAAUAGAGGCAGACAUAUGGCGGUUAAAGGAUUUCCGAAAUAAAAUAAGUCACAUAUCAACAACGACUGCAAUACAACAAACUGAUUUUACAGCUUGGUGGAAUGAGAUUGAACUGGUUUCCAGUUUCCUUGUAUUUAUUAGCAACACGUGUUUUCUUCAAUUAUUGAUGUUCCAUAGCAAGCAGUGAUUUCCAACAUUAAAUGAAUUGUUUUAUCAACCAGUCACUUCAAUGGAAACAAUCGACUCCGAUUACAUUCAUUGUUUUCCAUAGCAUACAGUGACUUUCCAUAUUUCCAUAGCGACCAUAUAAUUUGAUAGCUACCAUUCACUUUCUAUAGAAACUAUUAACUUUUAAUCGAGAAAUCAACCAUUGACCUUCAUAGUAACCACUAACUACCAAACUGUAAAGCAGCAAGUGAAUCUUUUAAUUACUAAUGAUUUUCUCAGCAAUAGCAACCUGUAAACUGUUUUACAUUUGCACGAUUUCAGAUGCAGAUUAAUAAUAUCUGUCAUAUGUUGCGGUUCGGACCGGAAUAUCCGUCCCGAGGGGACCCGCCCAUUGGGCGGUAACGAGGCUUGCCGAGUUACCGCCCAUGGGCGGGUUCCCGAGGGACGGAUGUUCCGAUCCGAACCGCAAACAUAUGUCAGAUAUUUUUUCUUGCAUAUUCUGCCAUAUUAUUUCAUAUUUAAAAUGGUUUACCUCAAUGCGAUAUAUGUUCAUGAAAAUUUAAGUCAUUUCAUCCAUUACUAUUUUCUUACAAAAGCGUAUGAACUUACAACUUAAAUAACAACGGCGAAAUGACGUCAUCCUUAGCACAUAUUUCCCUUCUAAAACGACGUCAAUUUAACGCGGUUCAUCCAUAAAGUGCGGUAAAAUGACGUUGUUGUUUGGCACGCGACUCAUCUGGAACCCCCCAUGCCAGAUGAAAUUUCCGGCAUGGGUAAAACUCACGGAAACGCCAGUCUGCUAUGCAAGAAAUGACCUUUGUAAUAUCAGUAAAUGAUUAUGACUUGA